AUGGUCCCCGCCGCCGGCGCGCUGCUCUGGGCCCUGCUGCUGAGUCUGGAGCCCCUGGCGGCGGGGGCCCAAGGCCAGACCCAGACAUCCACCGGGAUGCAGCGGGUCAGUUUCCGCUUUGGGGGCCCCGGCCCUGCCCGCAGCCACCGGAGCACCAUCGGUCCCCCCCGCACCGGCCCCCGGAGGCCUAAGAUAACUCUGGAGGAUGAGAAUGACGCGGUGGCCACCGCCGACCGCCUGGCAGGCCCUGCGGCGGCCGAGCUCCUGGCCACCGUGACAGGCAUCGCCCGGGGCUCUGAGGCCAGCUUCGGUGAGGAUGAGACUUUGGAAGAGGGGGUUGUGAUAAAUGCCAGAAAGAAUAACAGCAGGAUGCUGAUUCCCAGUGCCGCCCCCAGUACAAAUACCGGAAGGACCUCCAGCCCGGGGAGGUUCGUGGCCAACACCCAAGAGCCUGAGAUCAGGUUGACCACAAACCUGCCACGCACCACCAUGAAACCCAGGGACAUUCUGACCUCCGAGGUCACCCUGAGCCACUGGUCGACACCGGGCUCCACCCCAAGCCGGUGGCCAGCACCCUCACCCACAGCCAUGCCACCUCCCGAGGAUCUGCGGCUGGUGCUGAUGCCCUGGGGCCCGUGGCACUGUCACUGCAAGUCAGGCACCAUGAGCCGGACCCGAUCCGGGAAGCUGCAGGGCCUUUCGGGACGCCUUCGAGUGGGAGCAUUGAGCCAGCUCCGCACGGAGCACCGGCCUUGUACCUACCAGCAGUGUCCCUGCAACCGGCUCCGGGAGGAGUGCCCCCUGGACGCAGGCCUCUGUCCUGACACCAACUGCUCUCCGACCACCACCACCCAGACCACCACCACCCCUACCAUGCCCCCCAUCCACCUCAGACGCAGACCGCUCAUCCCGCCCCCCAGCCCCAGCCCAAGCCCAGCUCUGGCUUUUUGGAAACGGGUCAGGAUUGGCCUGGAGGAUAUUUGGAACAGCCUGUCUUCAGUGUUCACAGAGAUGCAACCAAUAGACAAGAAUCGAACAUGA